AUGACCCUCCCCAAAACAGCCUCCGCUCAGGAUGCAUCGAUCGACCGUCCCGAGCCGAUCUCCUCGUCCGCCGGCCGAUUGGAAAACCUGCUCGGUUCACCAUAUUGGCCGCUAGGCUCUUCAUUCCUCAAGUUACUCAACUUUCCACCCGCCUUUCGCACCAACUUCGGGCUCGGAGGCACUUCCGCACCGCUAUCAAUCUCGGCAAACCCAAAGGAUGGUCAUCCCGAAGUGCCCGCAGAAACGCAACCGGCCGCAGACGAGCCCAAUCAAAUGGAAGUCGAUCUCGAUGGCUCCCCAAUCGAAGACGAUGAUUGCUCUUCUCAUGGCUUCGAAAACGAGGCCGAUGGUCAUCAGGAUGAUGACGAGGAUGAUGACCACACCUUGGAAGAGCUGUUGGUCAAGCCUAGAUCGUCCGAGAACCGGAACCAGGCAUCAGCUGGAAAGCCUUCGCUAUCUGACCGACUCACUGAACCUUCGACUCACAAACACCGCUCCGAUCGUGAUAGAUUGUCCCGAGAACUUGACUACCGACAACAUUCUAGGCUUCCUUUCUCAUCAAUCCCCCGAAAUACUAACUUUCACAUUAAAGGAUUGGCUAAUCUAAAACGAUCCGGUCAAGCUUCAGAACCUUACAGGACCUCUUCAAACCUCAUAGAAUGUAACGCCAAGCUCCACCCUUGGGGUAACAAGCGUCCCCACUCAACUUCGUCCGACACCCAAUCCUCUUACCCCAACGGCAAACGUUCUCGCUUGUCGGAACCUUCAGACAAACCGAGUGUGUCCAAGAAAUGGGUUCGAGAUCGUUAUCAGGACAGCGACGAGGAGUACGACCACCGCCGAGUGUCGAAAGAGAUAAAUUCCCACCGGUACCACUGGCCCAAUCCGCAUCAGAAAUCUGACUAUCACCGUAAGCAGAAAAGCGUAGACCUUUCCACCUCGCAUGCCGGCGACUCUCAAGACCGGGCUGCCAGUGCUUCUGGUUCGAAGAAGGUCGGCGUCCAGAGGGGGGUAACCAACCUGAAGGGCAAACACAUCUCCCAAAACUUCCAUGAUGAAGUUGCAGACCGAGAAAGGCGUUGGAUGCAAGAGUUCAAGCAAUAUGAUACUGCUCAGACAGCCCAUACUCGUUCGGUCUCUCCAUUUCCCUCUUCUCAUCGACGUUCCCCCUCAAGGCAAUCGCCAGAAUCAGACGAAGACUAUUACACACUAACCCAGAUCGCACCAGACUUGCUGGAAGCACUCCAUCGUGCAGUAUUUUCAUGGAUCAAUCGGUCCAUAGCAGAAGCACUUCUCCGAUUAGGAUUAUGGCUCGAAGAGAAAAAGAUCUGGUCGCCACACGAGUGGGGAAGUAUCAGGAUAGAUCAACUCGAAAAAGUGGUUGACAUGACCUACGAUCGAGGGCUGGCUUUCUUGUUGUGGAAGUGUAGCUCCGUCGAGUUUAUGGACUUGUUACAAAAGCCCAUACAGUCUGGGAUUUUUUUCGUCCACCAAGAUCCUCAGAGUCGCGCUUGGUAUAUCCGAUUUGGUAAAGACUUUACACCGAUCGGAUUAGCUUACCGACCCCUCAUCAAAGGUUAUCGUAAGCACCUAACCGAUUCUAAAAGCCAACUACCAAUACAGGCCGGCAAGUUUGUACGGCAGUACAUCAUGUCCUGCCCCAAUGAAGAAGACUUGCUGUAUUUAUUCAAGGAUGACAAAGAUCCAAUGGGAUGUCUAAAACGAGCUGAAAAAGAAGGGAUAAUUGAACUUACUGAUCAACCGCCUUCUCAUGUCUCGUUCGGCAAUCGAGGAGGUUUGCACGGUAACAAGACAUGGUUCAAUAAGACUUCAGUUGAGAAUAAAUAUAUCACGCUGAAGCCUUUUUGGCUAUCGAAUACCCACCUCGUUGAUCAACCGUUGCUAUCGUCGCCGACAAUAACAGCUCAGACUUGUGAUACCGCUCCAAAUAAUGACAACGACCUGCUAUCGAACUCGGGAGGCAAGAAGAACAAGCAAGAUUUUUCCAAUGUGAUGGAGACUCAGCAAGGCACCGGUCAUCUGCCUGCGAUUGACAGAAGGAACUCUGAUAACACGUCCCUCUCUGCAAAUACUUCCAGUACCACUACUGACGCUGGGAUCGAACAGCUUGACCGCGUCCCUCACGAUCAUGAAGGAGAAGAUGCUCGUUCACGCAGAUCCGAUGACAUUAAAAUCAUCAAGCCGACAAGUGGUCGUCGUUCUCAUUCGUCUGACGUGGACACGUUGAUUCAAUCAGUCAUUGACCAGUUAGCUCGGGAUACCUCAAGACGCAAAAAAUAUUGA